CAGCGGAUCUUUCAAGGAGAGAGCAGUUUCUUUUUCAACUUGUGGAAACAGUGAUUUCUGUGAUAGUGGGAAGGAACGGUCGGUGACAAAAAAGAAAGGAAAUCAUACAGAUCAGCUAUGAUGUGGAGGAGCCCCCUGGCCCGGGUCAGGGAUGCUCUGAGGGGUCAGAAGGUGCGGGAGAAGGACCUCCGCAACUUGGUGUCCAAUCUGCCCUAUGAAGGCCUGGACAAGUGGAAGCAACCAAACCGCUACUUUCCUGGCAACAGCAUCAAGACCUCCAAAUACACCCUCCUGCUCUUCAUCCCCAUGAACCUCUUUGAGCAGUUUCACCGACUGGCCAACCUCUACUUUGUCGGUCUAGCAAUUCUCAACUUUGUCCCUGUAGUGAACGCCUUCCAGCCUGAAGUAGCACUGAUCCCCAUCUGCGUCAUCCUAUGCCUGACAGCCAUGAAGGAUGCCUGGGAGGACUUCAGGAGGUACCAGUCAGACAAGAGGCUAAACAGCAUGCCCUGCUUGAUCUACAGCAGGAAAGUCAAACAAUUCGUGGAAAGGUACUGGAAGGACGUGCGAGUGGGGGAUUUUGUGAAGGUGGUUUGCAAUGAGAUUGUCCCUGCUGACCUCCUGCUCCUGCACACAUCAGACCCAAAUGGUGUGUGUCACAUAGAGACGGCCAACCUGGAUGGAGAAACCAACCUGAAGCAGAGGAGGGUGGUGCCGGGCGUCUGCAUUACUGAUCCUGAAUUUGAAGCAGAAAGCUUCAACAGCAUUGUAGUGUGUGAAAAACCCAACAUCAACCUGAACCAUUUCAAGUGUUAUGUAGAGAAACCUGAUAAGGACAAGGUGGGCGCUGGAAUUGAGAAUCUGCUGCUGCGAGGCUGCACAGUGAGAAAUACAGACCAUGCUGUUGGCUUUGUUGUGUAUGCAGGCCAUGAAACCAAAGCCAUGCUCAACAACAAUGGACCAAGAUACAAGCGCAGCAAACAAGAGCGGAGGCUGAACAUAGACGUCAUGUUCUGCGUCAUUCUUCUACUCACCAUGUGCCUCGUCGGAGCAUUAGGUCACUACUUAUGGCUGCAGACGCUGCCUGGUUUGCCCCCAUACCUGGUUCCCCACAGCAACGGUCACCUGGACAGUCCCAGCCUGUCCAGUUUCUACAUGUUCUUCACCAUGAUCAUCCUCCUUCAGGUCUUGAUUCCUAUCUCCCUCUAUGUGUCCAUUGAGUUAGUGAAGAUUGCUCAGAUCUUCUUCAUCACUAAUGACAUUGACCUGUACGAUGAGGAAACAGACAGUCAGAUACAGUGCAGGGCCUUGAACAUCACAGAGGACCUGGGUCAGAUUGAAUACAUCUUUACAGACAAGACGGGCACUCUCACUGAAAACAAGAUGGUGUUUCGCCGAUGCUCCAUUAUGGGAACUGAGUACCCACACAAGGAGAAUGCCAUCCGCCAAGCUGUCCUUACUGAGCCAGAUUCAGAUGAAGAGGUCAUCUUCACCCAGGCCCCACAAGCUCUACAGACUCAGUGGUCUCUGGACUCUGAUGAUGUCAACCGCAAAGACACAAUGCAUCAUCAUGGAAGCAGGCGCAAAGUCCCAGGAACUGCCCAUAGCGAUGUGGCCUUCAGCAGUCCACUGGAAACUGAGGUGACUCCAGACAAGAAGCUGCUUCAGCAGAUUAGCGGGGCAGAGAGCACUAGCGUCAGCCGGAAGAUAGAUGCCUACCUGGACUUUUUUCUGGCUCUCGCCAUUUGCAACACUGUGGUGGUUUCCAUGGCAACAGCUCAGAGACAGAGGGCAGCUGGGCAUCUGCACUCCUUUCAGACAAAUAAUCCACUAAAUCCUCUGUCCAGCUUCGUGAGGACGGUGAGCUCGCUUCGGCGCAGUCUCACCUCCUACCAGCGUAAGUCCAAGAGGAACCGUACCAUCUCGGUGGACUCAUCUAUAGAGGAGGACCACUUUAAUCCCCCUGUGAAACUGGAGGGAUCUGGAGGCAACACUGGAGCCCAAACAUGUUCACUCCAUGUCCCACGCAGUAGCAGUGAACCUGCAGUGACCCCAGAUAUGGUGUGCUAUGAAGCAGAGAGUCCAGACGAGGCUGCGCUGGUGUACGCAGCCAAAGCAUAUGGCUUCAUCCUGCUGGGCCGCACCCCUGACAGCGUGACAGUGAGGCUCCCAUCUGGGGAAGACCUGAGAUUUGAGGUGCUGGACACCUUGACCUUUGACUCCAACAGGAAGAGGAUGUCUGUUUUGGUGCGACAUCCAAUCUCCAAAGAGUAUGUGCUGUAUACUAAAGGUGCAGACUAUGCUAUAAUGGAACUCCUUGGUACCCCAUAUGCAGAACGGCUCAAAGGGAAUCAGAAGAAUAUAGCAGCAGAUACUCAGCAACACCUUGACUACUACGCUAAAGAGGGGCUGCGUACUCUCUGCAUUGCAAAGAAGGUUUUGAGUGGCAGGGAGUAUGAAAGCUGGUCAGCAGACAGACAUAGAGCUCUGGCUGCUAUAGAGAACAGAGAGCAGCUCAUCAUGGACACUGCUGUGCAGAUAGAAACAAACCUUACCCUGCUAGGGGCGACAGGCAUUGAGGACCGUCUACAGGAGAACGUCCCGGACACCAUCACAGCGUUGCGGGAGGCAGGGAUCCAGGUGUGGGUGCUGACGGGUGACAAGCCAGAGACAGCUGUCAACAUUGGCUAUGCCUGCAGGCUACUGGAAGAAGAAGACCUGGUGAUUAACAUGAGCUGCAAAAACAAGCUCACUUGCACAUCCAUCCUGGACUGCACUCUGGAGGAGGUGAGGAGGUACGUAGCAGACCCCCGUAAUGUGGAUACGACCCCAGACAUCUCGCUGGUGAUUGACGGACGCACCCUGGCCAUGACUCUGUCCUCAGAUCUGCAGGAGCGCUUCGUGGAGCUGGCGAAGCACUGCCGCUCUGUGCUCUGCUGUAGAGUCACACCCUUACAGAAGAGCGCAGUGGUGAAGAUUAUCAGGGAGAAACUCAAGGUCAUGACGCUCGCUGUGGGGGAUGGUGCUAAUGAUGUCAACAUGAUCCAGGCAGCUGAUGUUGGCAUUGGGAUAUCUGGGCAGGAAGGGAUGCAGGCGGUCAUGAUGAGUGACUUUGCUAUAUCGCGCUUCAAACACCUAAAAAAGCUGCUCCUGGUUCACGGACACUGGUGCAACAGUCGACUGGCAAACAUGAUCAUUUACUUCUUCUAUAAGAAUACGGCCAACGUGAACCUGCUCUUCUGGUAUCAGUUCUUCUGUGGCUUCACUGCUACUGCCAUGAUCGACUACUGGCUGAUGAUUUUCUUCAACCUCUUCUUUACAUCUGCACCACCUAUAAUGUUUGGCAUAUUGGACAAGGACAUUUCUGCAGAGAUGCUGCUUGGCGUUCCUGAACUGUAUAGGACUGGACAGGGCUCAGGGGAAUACAGGUUUUCAACUUUUUGGGUGUCCAUGCUCGAUGCUUUCUAUCAGAGUCUAGUGUGCUUCUUCAUUCCAUAUUUGGCUUACCGAGGUUCAGACAUGGAUAUUUUUAGCUUUGGAACACCUGUGAACACAAUUUCUUUAUUUACCAUCCUGCUUCACCUGUCAAUAGAGAUCAAAGCGUGGACCGUGGUUCACUGGGUAAUCAUGCUGGGCAGCGUGGCUCUGUACUUCAUUGUGACGCUGGCCUAUAGUGCCAUCUGCGUCACCUGCAAUGCAUACUGGACCCUCCAGAGCCAGAUGGUAGACCCCAUGUUCUACCUGGUUUGCAUCAUCACCACUGUGGUCGCCCUUCUGCCCAGGUACACGUUUCACGUGCUGAAGAACUCUAUCGCCCCCUCCCCACUUGAACAAGCCAGGCAUUUGGAUCGGAUGGACCCCAUCACGAGGGAUCAGUGGAUCAAGGAGUGGAGGAGCUUCAGGGGUGGUGGGCAGGUCAAACGCUCCGGGCUGUCUGUCCCACCCUCUCCCACCCUGGGGACAUCUGUGGAGGCUUAUCCCCCCUCUCCCACCGCUUCUGAAAUCACGGGGGAUGAAUUCACACUGAAUGUGAUCUCUGAGAACUAUAACAGACCUGUACACACAUGAGAAGAAGAGACUCACUGCAGUCUAAUGGACAAAAACUGCACUGCACUAAGAUUAUUAUUUAUUCAGGAGGCUGUAAAUAAUCUGAAGUGGCAUACGAGUGGAAACAUCACAGUUGUGAUUCAUUUCUUGGGGGAUUGGUGUUAAUAAUCUGGAGGAGAAAUCGGUCCUUUCUUACUUGUGACAAUUUAUUGAUUGGGGUGAUGAGUCUGUUUUGUAAUGAGCUUCUCGAUGAGAAAGCAGGCCCUCUCCUCUUACUCAGCUCAUAACAAGCUUCCAUAGUGAACACAUAAGCCUAUUACAUUUCUGAUAGGUUUUCAGAGCACAGUGGUAACCCAAUUAGUCAUGCCUCCCACCCCUCCAAAAAGUGGCACUUUUCCAGAACAAAAUGCUUAGCUGGUUUAAUUUAUUCUUCUCACCUAGACAUUCCAAACAUCUGAAAAACACCAUGUCAUCAAGGCAAAGACAAGUGAGAUUUGAGAUAAUGUAUUGAUAGGCUGGCCUGAGUUGUUUUAUGUAUUAAAUGAUCUGUGGAAAGUACUAUGAAAACAUUAAAAAUGUAUUUUCCUAAUAUAUGUGAACACUGAGCUUUGUUUUAUUUCAACUGCAGUGAGAUAAUACAAGAUAAAAAGGUUAAAAAAAAAAAUCUAAACAAAACACAUACAUGCUAUGGGGUCUGUUGUUUUUUUUAUAUGGAAAUGGAGUGUGCACUAGUCAAAUCCACUUGUAAAAGGGCUGAGUUAUCAUUGGCAUACUUCAUUAUACUGUAGCAGCACUGCUUAUGUAAGGUCCCACAGAAUCCAGUUGGAUCCUUGCUGCCCUCUAGUGUCUAAACCAAAGAGCUGCACAAAGGUCAAAUGGGACACUGAGCGACAUCACAUAUUAAAAUAAAUUGAGGCAGAUAAGGCUGUCUGUGAUGAUAUAUGAAAAAACAACAACACAUAAAUUAAAGCUCCUUUUAUUAAAGUACAUACGUGAGCAAAACAAGCCACAGACCGCAACUACAGUGUCACUGCUGCUCAUGCAUCAAAAUCAGUUAUGAUGAGUAACAUUAUAUAGCUUUUACUACAGUGCAUCAUGGGGCACAAUGUGGCACUGGAUACUAUGGAAUUAUUUACAUGUAUUACAAUGGUUUUGUGCAAAAUAAAUGUGUACAAAGUAAUAAAAAGAUAUUAAAAUAACAUCAAGCUCUAAAUACAAUGUAUUUGGCAAUUUUGUGAAUCAAAGAAGCAAAUAUGAACCUUAAUAAACAUUCUGAGAACAUUCAUUAAAAAACUACAUCUAAAAGCAUCUUAAGCACAUUAAUUAUGCUUGGUGCAAUUUUGAAUACUCCAUUACAUGUCUUAAAAUUAACUCGAGUUAAUAUUUGAUUCUCUGAUUUAUAUUAUUAAUAUGAAAAAUAAAAGUCGUCUUAUAUAUUAUUAUGUAUUAUAGUAUAUUAAGUUACUUAACUACACCAACACUUGAAACACAUCAAAAUGAGGCCCAUCAUUACCAUCAAAACCACGAAAAGGUUAAUGUGUCACUACUUAUAAUCAAUCAAGUAAUACACUAUACAUCAUCCUGUAAUAGUUCAUUACUUGCAUUUUUCAUUCUAUACCCUUGUACUUUUACAUGAGUAAGUUCUGAAUUAAUUACUUUACCAUUAAAAGUAUUUGCACACUGUGGUGCUUCAACUUUACAAAA